AUGCAGGAGCAUAGCACAGACUCAUUGGCCAUCCAGCGGGAAAGCACUAAUGAGCAUCCAGCACAUCAUCAGAGCAAAAUCUUCCUAAUCACUCUCUCCUCUUUGGACAAAAAGAUUGUCAAGACUGGUGCCUUUAGGUUUGCCCAAGACAAUGAAUGGACAAAGAUAAUUUCUGCUACUGUGAUCACCCAGCAAGUGUGGAGCGAAUUCGAUGCCCAGGAAGGGCCGGUACCCAGAAGGCGGCGCUUCACGGCCCGGAUUCUCGGAGCAUGGUCCCCUGAGAGCCGCGCGCAACAGAAGGCGCCCGAUCUGCCGAGACGGAGCGCACGGAUGGAGUGGAGAGUUGACGGGUCAAGGAACAGAUUAGACAGACCUCCCUCUGCCUGCAGGAGUUUGCCUAUCCAACAAGCACGAUUCAGGGAGCAGCGUUUGUGGAGUAUCUUAACUAUACUAUCACUGUUUGCUGGGACAGUCAUGGCAAGUUUGGAGACAGUUUCGGGAAGCAUGGGCUCUGUCAGCUCUGCCUCUAUGGAGGAAAACAGCAUGGAAACACCGUCUCUGGCUGUGAGGAAUCACUGGCAUGGGAAAAACAUGACCAUGCAAGACCUGAGCACAUCAGAACUUCUCAGGGCUGAGCGUUCCCCAUCAGGCUCAAGCAGUAUCAGGAGAAGCUCCAGAAGGACUGGAGGUGGUGGUCGUAACCGCGGUUGUCGCUUACGUAGCCAUCCAAUCAACGUGCGGGAUCUGGGGCUUGGCUAUGAUUCUGAGGAGGUUGUUCUAUUCAGAUAUUGCAGCGGGACAUGCAAGCUUGCCCGCAAUGACUAUCACGAAGUCCUGAAUCACCUUGUACAGGAAGGUAUCAUUGUUCCUAAGCAUAAUGAUCACAUUUCUCAACCCUGCUGCCGACCCAUCCUGUAUGAGAACCUCUCUUUCCUGGAUGUGCACAAUGUCUGGCAAGAUCUGCAAAGAGUUUCAGCAGCUGAAUGUAGUUGUCUGGGCUAAACAUGCUAUCUGUUCAGAGCUCACGGGGUC